GCUCCGGGCUCGGCUGCCGCGGAGAGGGGGCUCCGGACUUACAAAACCCGGCCAGGGGCACGGGCUGGGCGUUUGCACCGACCUUCUUCCUGCACAGAGCCGAAGGCAGCAUCUUUGUUUUGUUUUGCUUUUGCCCUUCCUGCUACCGCUCCUUUCUCCUUGCGACCGGGCGCCUGGGAGCCGGGAUCUGCCGCAGCCCGCGGCGCGGGGCGAGCGCUGACACCGAGAGCCAGCAGCCAGCCAGGCGGCCCCGGGGGCCGGCUCGUCCUUGGCUUUGUUGCUCCGGACUGAAGAAGCCUCAGAAGCCGGGAGGAGGCGGAGGAGUGGGAGCAGAGGAAAGGAAGCGAGAGCUGAAAGCCAAAGUUGGUUUGGAAUAGGGGAGCGCGGCCAGCCCUCUGCCAGACUGUGCGCUGGGGUGAAGUCUCCAGCCCCCUCCGCCGGGAGAGGUGCCCGCAAGACAGCGAUGGCCGGAGAGCUCAGCAUCGGAGCCGAGCUGCCCACUAGCCCGCUGGCCAUGGAGUACGUGAACGACUUCGACUUGAUGAAGUUCGACGUGAAGAAGGAGCCCCUGGGCAGGAACGACCGCUCGGGCAGGCACUGCACCCGCCUGCAGCCGGCCGGCUCCGUCUCCUCCACCCCCAUCAGCACCCCCUGCAGCUCCGUGCCCUCCUCACCCAGCUUCAGCCCCACCGAGCAGAAGACCCACUUGGAGGACCUGUACUGGAUGGCCAACAGCUACCAGCAGAUGAACCCCGAGGCGCUGAACCUCACCCCAGAGGACGCUGUCGAAGCCCUCAUCGGGUCCCACCAGGUGUCCCAGCAGCUGCAGGGCUUCGAGGGUUUCCGGGCUCACCACCACCACCAUCAUCAUCAUCACCAACAUCACCACCAGUAUCCCGCAGUCACUCACGAAGACCUGGCCGGCAGCGGGCACCCUCACCAUCACCACCAUCAUCACCACCAGGCCUCUCCCACUCCCUCCACCUCCUCCAGCUCCUCCCAGCAGCUCCAGAACUCGCACCAGCAGCAUCCCCCCUCCAGCAGCGUGGAGGACCGGUUCUCAGAUGACCAGCUGGUCUCCAUGUCCGUGAGGGAGCUCAACAGGCACCUCCGAGGCUUCACCAAAGAUGAGGUGAUCCGCCUCAAGCAGAAGAGGAGGACCUUGAAGAACAGGGGCUAUGCCCAGUCCUGCAGGUAUAAACGUGUCCAGCAGAAACACCACCUGGAGAACGAAAAGACGCAGCUCAUUCAGCAGGUGGAACAGCUCAAGCAAGAAGUGACCCGGCUCGCCAGAGAGAGAGACGCCUACAAGCUCAAGUGUGAGAAACUUGCCAGCAAUGGCUUCAGAGAGGCCGGCUCCACCAGUGACAACCCGUCUUCCCCUGAGUUCUUCAUGUGAGUGCUUAACAAAAAUAAUUAAAAAACAAACAAAACCCCCCACCCCCCAAACCUGACCCCUGUCACCU